AACGCGCCACUGUUGAAUUGAGCCAAUGAGAUGCGAAUAUAGCGCCAUACUGUCAUGGCGGCCGUGAUCGAGUUUCUGUGAACACGCUUAGAUUUCCAGAACCAGUUUUUAUUAAUUUUCGAGUGCUUAUGGAGGUUAACAUCACACCAGUGGCUCCAAAUAGAGCCAGAAAAAGGAUAAGGGACCCUGCGCAUUGGAAACGCAACAUAAAAAAACGUGAAAGGUAUAUGCCGAAGAAUCUACCAAAUUUAUCCAUCUCUUGUACACAUAAGAGCAAGUUAAUGAACUGCUCCAAACUAACAUCCCAAGAUCUCAGAAAGUUUCGCGAGGCCUUUUACUCUAAACCAGAGAAAAACUUUCAAGACAACUUUAUACUUAAAUAUAUGAAGGUAAAGGUACCAUCCCGGAAGAAGCGUGGUGAGCGCAAGAGAGGUGAAUUGAUAUGUCACACUAGACUUUACAUUCGACAGUUCCAAAAACCCUAUACAAUAAUGCAAAGAGAAUCAAACAUGAACAGGACUCUACAAAAAAGGCCCAUUUAAUAGGUGAACUAAGGCUGCAUAAAUUGAAGGCGAAAUGCUUUCACAGGUUUUUGAAGGAGUACGAUCCUAGCAGAUUGACCAUUAGUUUUGAUUGUCAAAAAAAUCAGGUGCUACCGAAAGUGCCUGAUCAGUCGGCAUACUAUAGUCGCCAACUGUACAUCUAUAAUUUUACAAUAGUAAAAGGAAACGAGACUCAGAACAUUUCCAAAGAAAAUGUUUACAUAAAUUGUUGGACUGAAAACACGCACAGAAAAUCGUCUAACGAAAUUGCAUCAGCUUUAUAUUUUUUUCUUAAAAAUUGUAACUUGGAAGGCAAAAAAGUUCUAAGAUUAAUGGGAGAUGGCUGUGGCUCUCAAAAUAAAAAUAGUACCAUAAUUGCCAUGCUCUCAUAUUGGCUAGUAAAUGAAGCUCACAGAAACCUUAAAACAAUAGAGCUGAUAUUUCCAGUGCCCGGGCACUCAUUUUUGCCCGCGGAUAGGGUAUUUGGAUUAAUAGAAAAAGAAGUAAAGAACAUGGAACAGAUAAUACACCCACAGUCCUAUAUAGAUAUAUAUGAGAAAUAUGGGCAAGUCACAAAGCUCGGUAUGGAUUGUUCUGUUUUUAAUUGGAAAGAAUUGGGAAUGAAUACACUUAAGCGGCCAGGUGAAUAUCAUUUCCAAUUUCUGCCCUGUAAACGUUUUUAUCUGAAGAGAGUUAAAAAUAACCCCCAACGAUGCUUGUUAAAAGGUGAAGUUAAUUACAAUACUGACCUAGGAGCCUACAAGUCUGUCAUUAAAAAAAAUAAAAGUUUGUACAAAGCUUCAGUUCCUUUAGUAGAAGCAGGAAAAGUCAAAGUGAGUGCACUCAAAAUUGGAGAUGUAAAGAAUUUAUUAAAAAGCCAUUUUGGUGAAAAUUGGGAAACCCAGUAUGGCGAUGAACUAAACUUUUACACAAAUAUCAUAACGAAAAAUACUGAUGAUACUGAAAAUGCAAAUGUUCUCGAUGGUGAUACGGAAAAUGAAAAUCACGAUCUUUGUAAUUAUUAUCCCGAAGAAAUUGGAUUAAGCGUUUAAUAUAUUUUUAUAUUCUCUUUUUUAUUAUUUCAACAAAAUGUUUAUAAUAUUAGAAUGUUUCUGUUUUUUUUUUAAUAAAUACUUGAAUUUCUUACUUU